AUGUCCAAUUCUGGCCCGUUCACGAUCAACGAUGCUUUCAUCAAAUCCACCGUCUCGAAAGAUGGCGCAGUAUACAUUUUCGAUCCCGCCCAGAAAGCUGAACACGAGCGUCUGGAGCUCCAACAUCAUGCGCUUGAGCAGCUGAUGUUGGGGAAACUGAUCCACGCUCCAGUCUCCUCGACACCGAGGAGGAUUCUGGAUAUUGGAUGUGGGACUGGAGCUACGACUGUGAGACUGGCGAAGGAAUAUCCCGAUGCGCAGAUUAUUGGAAUCGACCAGGCUACUGUUCCGCCUAUACAUGAGAAGCCGGAGAAUGCGAGGUACUUGGAGGGGAGGUUUGACGAGUCUGUAGAGGCAGGGAGCUUGGAGACCGGGACCUUCGAUUUGAUUUUUGCAAGAUUCCUUGUUGCCGGUGUUCAGGAUUGGAGGAAACACUUUGCGAUCUGUAAAGAGCUGUUGGCUCCUGGCGGUUGGAUGGAAUUCCAGGAACCGAGCGUUUUUGUUCACUAUUCCGCUGAUUCGAUGGAUGUUCCGAUUGAUGGGGAUUGGCAUUGGCCGAAGGCAGUCCACGACUCUGCGUGCAAGCGUUUCGGGAUUGAUCUGAGGGUUGGAGAGAGAUUGGAAUCCCUCUUCAACGAUGCCGGACUGCUCGAUGUCGGGAUGAGGAGAUAUCCGUUUGUGCUACAUCCAUGGCCCGCGAGACCGGAGACAAAGGCUCAGGGGGAGUAUUUCCAGAAGUAUGCUCCGGAGAUCAACCGUAAGGCGAUUGGAUAUUAUUGUCAAGAGGAUCUUGGGCCGGAAGAGAUUGUGAGCAUGCAGAGGGAGAGUGAUGAGACGUGUUUUGCGGGAUAUGUGGAAGGGAUGCACAAUCGGGUCUAUGCCUGUUGGGGCUGGAAAGGAGCAUAG